CACUGGCAGCAACGUACAACACGUGCGGUUGCAGGGAUUUUAUUUACAUUUGUUUUUAAAUAAUCAAAAUGGGACGCGGUAAAAAGAAAGUGCAUCCCAAAACGCGUACGGCAGCGUUCAAAGCCAGCGAGCCAAGUGAAGUGGUAGAGGCACCACAUUCCUUCAUUAUACAUCGUGGACUUUCCUGUCCGUAUAUCACAGACCUCACGCUUGACUUUCGGCGUAUAAUGGAACCCUUUACGGCAACCAAUUUGCGAGAGAAGAAAAUGAAUCGGAUCAAAGAUUUCGUUAGCUUGAGCAGCUUCUUUCACGUCUCUCAUAUGGGCAUCUUCAACAAAGCCGCCACUCAGCUGUCCUUCAAAGUGGUCCGCUUACCGCGUGGUCCAUCGCUCACAUUCAAGGUGCAUCAAUUCACGCUGGCACGCGAUGUCAUUUCGUGCAGUAAGAAGCAAAUGAUAGAUGUGGAUCAUUUUAAGCAUGCACCGCUUGUGAUCAUGAAUAACUUUAGCGGCGAUGGCAAACACUUGAAGCUGAUGGCGACAACGUUCCAGAAUAUGUUCCCAUCCAUUAAUCUGGCUCAGGUUAGCAUCGACACCAUUCGCCGUUGCGUCCUCUUUUCGUACAAUACAGAAACGAAACUGGUGGAAAUGCGUCACUAUUCGGUACAGGUGGUACCGGUGGGUUUAAAGAAGGCCGUACAGAAAAUAGUCGGUGGCACCGUUCCAAAUUUAGGCAAAUGCAACGAGGUUGUGGAUUUUGUAACCAGAGAUGGUUAUGCAUCCGAAUCUGAGGCCGAGGACGAUGAACAGUCGCAUGUUGUGCUGGCCCAGACAUUGAAGAGUAGGGGAAACUUGGAGGAUUGCAAGAGUUCGGUAAAGUUACACGAAAUCGGUCCACGUCUCACCAUGCAGCUAAUAAAGAUCGAGGAAGGCUUGUUAACCGGAGAGGUGCUCUACCAUGAUCACGUUGUCAAAACCGAGGAUGAAAAGGAAACGCUACGCAAAUUGAUUGAAAAGAAACGAAAACUAAAGGAGCAACGAAAGAAGCAACAGACAGAGAAUCGUGCACGAAAUUUGAAAUUGAAAAAGGAGCAGAAUCAAACUGUAAAGCAUGAAGAGGGCGAUGGCAUUGCUAGUGAUGCAGACGACGAUGCUCAAUACUAUAAGGAUGAAGUCGGCGAAGAUCCUGACGAAGAGCUCUUCAAAAAUGACAACAAAUCGUCACGGAAAAGGCACAAAUUGCCCGGCGGAAUGAAGUACAAGAAUAAGAAACCAAAACUGGACAAAAAACCUAUGAAGAAGAGCUAUAAAUCAAAGUAGCCUUGUAAAUAAUAUUUUUAUUAAAUGCUUAGGAGUUUAAUAUUAA